GCACGCGCUCUAUCAAAAUCUAUAUUAAAAUGGAGGAAAAGAGUCAAGUUGUAGAACGAGAAGCUAAGAAAGAUGAAAUUCACGAAAAAGAUGGGAAGCUGAAAAGUUCAAAAAACAGAAAUCGUAAGAAGAAGAACCAAAUGGCGCAUACGACUACCGAGAACCACGAUCACGCAGGUCAUGCGGAUGAUCAUGACAUGCACAGUACGUGUAACAUUUGGAUGAAAGACAUACAAAUGGCCAUGGAGGUGUUCAAUAUGCAUCAAAAGCCUGCCAAAACUCAAAAAGAAGCUAUGCAAAAGCCUUAUCAGUUCUGGAGCACGCAGCCAGUACCAAAAAUGGAUGAAAAGAUCGUAAAGAAUGAACCUAUCGAACCCGACAAAACGUCCAUAAGGCAAGAACCUUACUCGUUGCCACCCGACUUUCAAUGGGACACUUUGAAUCUCGACGAUCCUUUAGUUUUAUGUGAAUUGUAUACUUUGUUAGCCAAGAAUUACGUGGAGGACGACGACGCGAUGUUUAGAUUCGAUUAUCCGCCGAACUUUCUGAAGUGGGCACUGCAACCCCCGGGGUGGUGUAAAGAAUGGCACUGUGGGGUGCGAGUUACCAAAAGCGGACGUCUAGUCGGUUUCAUUUCCGCUAUACCAGCCACUCUGCGCGUGUACUUUCACACUCAGAAAAUGGUAGAGAUCAAUUUCCUCUGCGUGCACAAGAAGCUGAGAUCGAAGAGAGUCGCGCCGGUCCUGAUUCGCGAGAUCACUAGGAGAGUUAAUCUACAAGGUAUAUUCCAGGCUGUGUACACCGCAGGUGUAGUGUUGCCAAAACCUAUAGCGACUUGCAGGUAUUGGCACCGUUCACUGAAUCCAAAGAAACUAAUCGACAUUAAGUUCUCACACCUGUCCCGCAACAUGACGAUGCAAAGAACUCUGAAGCUGUUCAAACUGCCAGAAAACACGAAGGUGCCAGGGUUCAGGAAACUGGUAGAGGCAGACAUACCGCAGGCCCACAAGCUGCUGACCGAUUAUCUGGAGAAGUUCGACCUGGUGCCAAUCUUCUCCAUCGAGGAGUUCCGACACUGGUUCCUCACGCAGGACGGGAUCAUCAACAGCUUCGUGGUGGAGUACAACGGCAAAAUCACGGACAUGGUCAGCUAUUACACCUUGCCAAGCUCCAUCAUGCAUCAUACGGUGCACAAGACCCUGAGGGCUGCGUACAGUUUCUACAACGUGUCCAACGUGACCCCGUGGCGGGACCUGAUGACGGAUGCUCUUAUCUCUGCGCGCAAUCUGGGCUACGACGUGUUCAACGCGUUAGACCUAAUGGACAACAAGGAGUUCCUGGAGCCACUGAAGUUUGGCAUAGGUGACGGGAAUCUCCAGUACUACCUGUACAACUGGCGUUGCCCCAGCAUGACGCCAUGGAAGAUCGGUUUGGUGCUCCAGUAGAGAGCUCCGUCUCCACGGAUCUAGGAAACAAAGCACACAAUCUCGCACGUGCAAGCUUACCAAGGCGGAUAAAAUGGUAUACAAUAAAAUCGGGGAGGAACGACGAUAUUCACUUAGGGAAGAGGGAGACGGAUUUGAGCGAUACGCUGAAAAACCCGGGGUUCGAUGUAAAACAGGAUGCUGGCUCCGCGGAUGAUUUUGUCUCCGCUUUCACUCGUGCUCCAUAGGUCAAGGCCGAGACGAUCGGGAUUACGCCUGUGCAGCGCGUGUGUAUAUAACGUAUGUGCGUGACUCGAGCAAUGUAGAUAAAUAUCGUACAUUAGUAAUUUGCAGAAUCCACGCAGCCGGGGGUGGUCGACGCCCCCGCUGGUGGACCUACGUCAGCCGCGUGGCCAUCCGCAACACACAGUUUUCAACAUAAGGCUCCAGGACGCUGUUAUACAUUCAGCAUCUUCUUGAUUAGGUCGCAGGAGUAUAAGGACGUGAGAGUGGAAGAGUUUAAAUAAAUCGAGGUCGAAAGUAACCCUGCUGUCGCUUCUCUACCCUAUGAUGCUCUCUUUAUUUAUCAUCUCCCGACCUUCCCGGUGAUUUCGGUUGGUGACUGUUACGUAAUUAGGGUUACGGUUACGGCUACAGGUGUCGAUCAGAUAGUGGAAAGAAACCUGUUCUCAGCGACUGUCGUUAAGGGAAGCGUUUCGGUAUCAACUGUAUUUUACGAUCGUUUGACGAUUCGCUCUCUAAGAGAUGCCGAGUUGGGCAGUUUUGGAUCCGAAAGAAGAGGAUCUUUGAUUACGCAUUGCUCGGCCGAGCCCAACGUGUACCCUUGAUGCGAGCCGAGGUCUUCCCAGCCGUGACUGUUGAUCAAUAUUUAACACACGAUACACGCAAGGCCUCUUCGAGAUAAAAGCUGUGAAAGGAUGACCAUGUAGCGCUGCAAAUUAGCCGAAUGGAAGUUUUGUUAGGUAACGAUGCAACCUUUUUUUCUAAACGAUUUUUGUUGUGAAAAUAAAAAUGACAAUUGCUGAACAGCGUUGAACUACUUUA